UCGCACGGUCGGGGUCGGAUGGUCGGGGGUAUCGCAGACUCGGCAUAGGGCAGGCGCCCAGUGUCACAUAGCGGGUCCGUGCGGAGACUGUGACUCUGGCUCUCACCUGAACCUCGGGAAGGUUACCUCCGACUGCCACCUCAAGCUCUGGUGGUAUAAACGAAGGUGGAUGGAGCCGGCCGACCGAUGUGGCUCGUUUGCCGGCUGGUUGACGGCGCUGCUGCUGUGCUCGAUGGUGGUGCCGAUGCUGCUGCCGCUGCUGCCGCUGCUGCCGGCUGCGCAGGCUAGUCAGCUCUCCGGCAUCAGCGCCAGCGCCGCCCGGCUGGACCAGCUGUUCGACGCUGAGCGACACAUCGUCGGCCAACUGGAGCACUUCGUCCAGCUCUCCGAGAGAAGACUGCAGCACGCCAAAAGGUAUUUAGAGCUGUACCGCGACGAGGUUUCUACUGCCAGGCCCAGCAAUCCAGUGCGUGACUUCAGACUUCUGCAGAGAGUGGAGAAACAUUGGAACGAGGACCUAGUACCUGACCAACUGCUGGAGACGCUGACUUCGAUCCGGAACGAGCUGGGCCGGUUUGUCAGCGCGGAGGGCGGACCGGGCGCGCGCGAGGCCGUGGAGACCAUCUCAGCCAUGCUGAUGGUGCAGCAUGUGUACAACAUCGACAUCGGCGAGCUGGCGGACGGCCGUCUGCUGGGACUGGACACCGGCACCAAGAUGGCCGUCUCCGAUAUCCACAAACUGGCAGAAAUAGCUAUCAACUCAAAAUCAUUCCAAAGCGGUCUGGUCUGGCUGGAAACGGGAGCAAAGGUUGCAAGAGCCAGGAACGAAACAGAAUGGGCGAACAGAUUAGAUCGCCGGCUGCUGGAGGCCAAACGCAAGCACGACGAUCUGCUGGCGGCCGCAGUGGGCGGGUACGAGCUGUUUCCGACGGCGGUCAUGGGGCGCUCGCCAUCCGCCGUGCGGAACGAGAUGGAGCGAGAUGUCAAGCUAAGCGAGGAGUACACCCGCACGUUCGGAGCGCUCUGUCGGGGCCGCGACCUCCGGGAAGCGUGGCAGCGUGCAAAACUCUAUUGUGCGUAUGAGAAGCCCCACCCAUAUCUCUACCUCCAACCAUUGAAGACUGAGGUCCACAGCAUAGAACCAUACCUGUGUGUGUAUCACGACUUCCUUCGCCAAGACGAGAUGCAACAGCUGAUGGAGAUAGCUGAGCCCAAGAUGCAACGAUCCGUGGUGGGCGCCGACGGGGAGAGCACGUGGUCUCGCGUGUCCACCUCGGCUCGGCUCGAAGACGGCCAUCACCCGCUGGUGGCGGCGCUCAGUCUGCGCAUGCAGAUGGUCACGGGCCUGGACACGGUCCACCGGCGCGGCUACCCGCAGGAGACGCUGCAGGUUUGCGAAUACGGCGCGGGUGGUUUCUUCCAAUGGCAUCAUGAUUUCCUAAAUCUAGAAGAUUCAGCCGUUAGGGAGAGCUACCUGAGGGUGCAUCCGCUCCAGCUGGAGUAUGGCGAGAGGAUCGCCACGGUCAUGAUCUACCUGAGCUCGGUGCUGCGCGGCGGGCGCACCGUGUUCCCGCUCCUGGGUGUCAGCCUGGAGCCGCAGCCCGGCUCAGCCGUCUACUGGGACAACUUGCGUCCGGAUGGCACCGGCGACAGGCGCACCCUGCACGCCGGCUGUCCCGUGGCCUUCGGCUACAAGUGGAGUACGUCGGCCUCAGAUCCACGUUGCAAACAAGUUCAUCAGGUCCACUGCGCAGACAUUCAGAAGACCGUGCCGGAAGAUUGAUGAGCACGGUGGAAAUUAAUACUACACCCGCAUGUGCUGCAAUGAAUCACAUUAACACAUAAUGUGGUCAAACCUACUGUUGAGGGCUGUACCUGCAGCGGUGCUGCAUGCGGUGAGGUGCUUCUACUUAUCCUGAGAUCCAGUUAACCCUGAGAUUGGCUUGUGCCGUUCUGGUUUAGUGCACCCAGGCCAAAUGCCGUGAACAUACCUGGGGGUGCGCAUUUUCAACGUGAAUGGCCACUUGUGAUGGAAAAAACACAUCGCUUAUUUCUUUUUGGAUUGUUUGGAGGAAAUAUGCAAGCAUGCCUCUCCUUAUCUAGCAAUAUCACCAACUUGCAGAGCUAAGCACCAACGUAUCGUUUGUCUCAGCACCGCCAGGCCAGGCAGAACAGUCGAUGCGAUAACAUAGCGUGCCCUUUAGACUCGUCCCACCAUUCGGACGCCGCUGGAGGCAAGUGUGGUACAAAACAGACAGAUCUGCACAGUGGCCGAAUAUUUUCAAUUAGGUUCAAGUCCUGUGUGAGGCCAGACCAAGUCUUUACCCAGAAUUACCUCAGCACUUAAGCGGGCAAUUCUCAGGUCUACUUAGCAGGCAGAAUGGGAGAAAGCCUUGUUCCGUGAGCAUGACUUAACUGGCAACUCGCAUAAACCCAUGGUUUGAAACAGUUCAACCUUCAGCUUUCCCGUUGAUCGCAACGAAAUACUUUUGUGUUUCUUCAGAAUGUGUGCGCGCCAUGAAAUACGUACUGCACAUGGGCACACACGGAAACGUAAACCUACCUUAAAUGUCAACUAUCUCUCAUAGCAUUUUGUAAAACUACUUGAAGUUGAAUAUGGUGUAAUACGGACCGCCACACCCAAAACGCCAUUUUGACUUGAGAAGGUGUUUGAUUGAUGGAUGGGCCAUCACUUCCGAGAUGCCGGGCAUUAGCUCGGGAUCAUUUUGACGAUUUCGUGAAUAACCUAGCUUUAAAUCCGUCUGGCUCACACACCAGCUUCUGGUUCUUCAGCGUACCUCUGAAGACCACCCGUCUGGCUCACACACCAUCUUCCGGUUCUUCAGCGUAGCUAUAAAGGAUACCCGUCUGUCUCACACACCAGCUUCCGGUUCUUUAGCGUAGCUCUAAAGGAUACUCGUCUGGCUCACACACCAUCUUCCGGUUCUUCAGCGUAGCUCUAAAGGAUACUCGUCUGGCUCACACAGCAUCUUCCGGAUCUUCAGCAGAUGGCUUGUGUCCAAUGAGUUUGAAUGCAAAGCGCGCGCUGUUUUUCAAUAAGUUCUUUGAGAAUUUGGUCGUUGAUUUAGACUUUGUACUGUUUCUCAGGACUUUGCGGGAAUAAUGGUGGACAAUGACCGUCUUUCAAACCAGCCGUGGAAAGCCGGCCGGUCAGCGUAGUGGUCAAUGGCCACCUUUCCUCGAAAACCUCAGGAUGACACGCCAGCAAGUGAUAAAUUGUGUUUCUUAGCUGCCAGGAGACUCUUUUCAAAAGUUUUUAUUCUUUCAUAUCAUCUGAACUGGACCUAGUGUUAAGCUUAAUGGAUGUCCUGGUACUUUUAAACAACUAUUCCUGCGCUCUUCCCACCCAAAAGAAUCCCGGCAUCUGUGUUGUGGAAAGACAGUCUAUGCCCUCUAACCCUUUAAAUGUGACCACGUCAUUAGAAAACUGUCCUUCAGGACACAGUGCCAGUACUGGCAGACUCAGGGAGAGAUAGCCCUGGGCGGUGUUGGCGCGGAGGAUGGGCCUCAUGGCACGCUGCUGUAGUUACACAGUGCCAGUACUGGCAGACUCAGGGAGAUGAUAGCCCUGGGCGGUGUCGGCGCGGAGGAUGGGCCUCAUGGCACGCUGUUGUAGUUACACAGUGCCAGUACUGGCAGACUCGGGGAGAUUAUAGCCCUGGGCGGUGUCGGCGCGGAGAAUGGGCCUCAUGGCACGCUGCUGUAGCUUUGUAACUCGACUUCGCUCGGGUUAUUGGGCGGUGUCGGCGCGGAGGAUGGGCCUCAUGGCACGCUGCUGUAGUUUUGUAACUCGACUUCGCUCGGGUUAUCCGUUGUUCAUAGUGCAGACCGGGGCGGGGUCAAUGCGACUCCUUACCAAAUCCCAACUAAGAAUGAUAUGGUCUCGCAGGAAAAAGGGCCUUAGCGAUAUCUCAAGAUUAGUCACAGACUUUGUUGUGAUGCAAGUAGUACCUUGCGACUUGUACUUUGCGGUCAGUCAUUGUAAAGCAGGCGCAAACAUUGUUGCAUGAUGGAUUUGUUCGUGAUGUAUGUCCUGACCCAUUACAGAACGCAUCAUUUCACGUGUCCAUGUGUCAGUCUGGCAUGAAAUUCCUGGACCAACACACAGCCAGAUAUGUCGAAGUGCUUUUGCCAUCAAUGUGCUGCUCUUUUGUGCCAAUACAUCCGCUGAAAAACAUGGACUUUUUGCCGAACAUUGGUUAGCAAUUUGCCGUUCCAGUUCCCAUAAAUCUCAUUCGUGAACAUGCCCACGCUCGCUGACGGUUCUUUAAGGCAUCCGCAUAGGGCACGGCUUGGGUUGUAAUUAAAACGUAGCAAUAGAAUACAAGUUUCCACCGAUGUCCAUCUCUCAGUGGUGAGUGUUGUGAACAAUUUGUCCAACAGCAUUAUUGUGUGCUUAAGUCGUCAUGGUGAACAUUUUGAGCAAGAAACAUAAUCCUAAGACAACAGUAGACGUCUUAUCGCUAUGAAAUGCGGUGGGCUAAGCAUGCAAGGCAUCAAAAUUUGACGUUCUUAAAUUAAUAGAUAAAGCAGCUACAUCCAAUGUUAAGUGCUUGCAGCAGUGUAGCUCCUUAUUCAGUGGAGAGUCCAGUCCAGCGUGUCGCGGAACACGUUGCGGCCUCCGAAUUCCAUACAGCCUCGGACACUACAAGAUCACGGUAUGCUGC